CGCCCGUCCCUCUCGCCUGGCAUUCUUGCAGUGGCACUCGUAGCGAUAAGACGUGCUUUCCGUUUGUCCGCAGACGCCGUCGCAUCUUUGCCACUGUUGACCAGAUAUUGACAGCCAGCGAUUUUGAAAUUGAGGCUUAGCCUCAAAUCGAUAAACUUAGCCACAAGAAGUUGGUGCUCGGCCUCGAGCGAGCCAGCAAGGCCCUCGAGAAAAGCCCGACUCGCGCUUCGAGGUCGCCGCGAUGGAGGCCCCGGCGAGCCAGGUGCCCGUGUGGACCGAGGCCGCCUGGCGCUCGUCCUUCCUGGACGAGGGCUGCUUCGGCGUGGCCAAUCUGGUCUGGAACGGCCUCGAGCGAGCCAGCAAGGACCUCGAGAAAAAGCCGGGCUCGAGCUUGGAGGUCGCCGCGAUGGAGGCCCUCCUGAAGGAGCUGCAGGCGAGCCAGGUGCCCGUGUGGAGCGAGGCCGACUACCUGGAGCGCAUGGCCGCCUGGCGCUCGUCCUUCCUGGACGAGGGCGGCUUCGGCGUAGCCAGGCUGGUCUGGAACGGCCUCGAGCAGCUGGUGGUGAAGCAGAUCAAGCGCAAGGACGAGGAGUCGUUCGUGCGGGAGGUUCGAGCCCUGAGCAAGGUCCGCGGGAUGGACGGCAUGUAGCACGUGGAGGCC